AUGUAUACUAAGCUACAAAACUUGCGCCAAGGUAACCGAAGUGUGGAUGAGUAUUCUGAGGAAUUUGCCCUUUUGUUAACUCAUAAUGAGAUCAAUGACAGACAAGUGCAACUCGUCUCACGUUUCAUUGGUGGUCUACGCCCACAACUUCAAAAUUCUAUGGCACAAUUUGAUCCGUUAACGGUUGGAGAGGCUCAUCGUCGCGCAGCCUCGUUCGAACAACAGUCACGAUCUUCGUCGUGGACACAAUCAUCUGGCCGAUCACGAACUCCAGACCAGACAGGGAGAACAACACCAAUGGCAAAAGAGACCAGUGAUGCCUCCGCGUCAACGACUAAACCAGUAGCUCCAGAAGAGCAACAGGUUCGGCGCUCAACGCGACCAAGUGCCCUUCAUUACUAUUCUUGCGGCGAAACAGAUCACCGCCAGAUAGCGUUUCCUCAUGCUACGCGACGAGGAUUACUCAUUGAUGAGACUAUCGACGAAGAAGAUGUGUACGACUCUCAAGAAGACAACACACCGGAGAACGACGACGUCAUCAAUCCUACGACUGGAGAUACUGGACACUUGCUCCUUCUCUACCGUGCUUGUCUCACACCACGCAAACAUGAUGAAAAGUGGCUUCGUAUAAACAUAUUUCGAUCCACCUGCACUAUCAACGAACGUGUGUGUAGCUUUGUGAUUGAUUCGGGAAGCAGUAAAAACUUUAUCUCAGAAUAUGCAGUUGAUAAGCUAGGCAUUACACGCGAAUCACAUCCAUCACCAUACACUCUUGGCUGGCUUAAUGAAAAAGCUUCCGUACGGAUUACUCAGCGAGCCUUAGUAUCAUUCUCGAUUGGUCCUUAUUACAAAGACCGCAUCUACUGUGAUAUCGCUGCAAUGGAUAUAAGUCACCUCUUACUAGGGCGACCAUGGGAGUAUGAUCGAAAUAUCAUUCACUACGGACACAACAAUACAUAUCAGUUCACAUGGAAUUCGUAA